AUGCUCCCCAACAGCUCUUUCAGGAAUCUAACCCUGGAGGACGGUUUUUUCCUAAUGAACAACUCGUCUGGGAACGAAACGUACAGCGAGUCUCAAGGCAGCGCUAUCCUCAUCUCCUUCAUUUACUCGGUUGUCUGUUUGGUCGGACUGUGCGGGAACUCUAUGGUUAUCUAUGUCAUUUUCAGAUAUGCCAAAAUGAAAACUGCAACAAAUAUUUACAUUCUGAAUCUGGCCAUAGCGGACGAGUUACUUAUGCUGAGUGUCCCUUUCUUGGUGACAUCUUCACUCCUUCAUCACUGGCCUUUCGGCUCCCUUCUCUGCCGCCUUGUUCUAAGUGUUGAUGCUAUUAAUAUGUUUACGAGUAUUUACUGCUUAACUGUACUUAGCAUAGACCGAUAUAUCGCGGUUGUGCACCCCAUCAAAGCCUCCCGGUACAGGAGACCCACAAUAGCUAAAAUAGUCAACUUUGGGGUUUGGAUGUUUUCUAUCCUGGUCAUUUUGCCCAUUAUUAUAUUUUCCACGACCGUUCCAAACUUGGACGGUUCGGUCGCUUGCAACAUUCAGAUGCCAAAGCCAGUUAACCAGUGGAUGGCUGUGUUUGUGAUCUAUGCCUUUCUCAUGGGCUUUCUGUUCCCAGUCAUUGCUAUCUGUAUGUGUUACAUCCUCAUCAUCGCCAAGAUGAGAGUGGUGGCACUGAAGGCAGGCUGGCAACAGCGUAAGAAGUCGGAGAGAAAGAUCACUCUGAUGGUGAUGAUGGUGGUGACCGUGUUUGUCAUCUGUUGGAUGCCCUUUCACAUUAUGCAGCUCGUCAAUGUCUUUGUGGAGCACCAUAACGCAACACUCAUGCAACUCGCAGUGAUUCUGGGAUACGCAAAUAGCUGCGCCAACCCUAUACUGUACGGAUUUUUAUCAGACAAUUUCAAACGUUCGUUCCAAAGAAUUUUGUGCCUGCGGUGGAUGGACAAUGCAACGGAAGAACCAAUAGAUUACUAUGCCACGUCUCUGAAAAGUCGUGGUUACAGUGUGGAUGAAUUUCAACCGGACAAUAUGGAAUGUGAUAGCACGUAUAGAAAUGGAACCUGUACUUCUAGGACAACGACACUGUAG